ACUUUGUAGAUCAACUUCACUUUGAAAGUUUCAUUCUAGAGGAUUUAAGCCCAGUAGCUGAUAAAUAUUCCCGAGUGAACUUCCCAGCUGGAGCCUGGCAAGUUCACCGGUACAAGGAUGCAUUUAUGAAGGCAAACCCGGGCUAUAAGUGGUGCCCCACAACAAAUAAACCUGUGAAAACUCAGUCAUCCUCUGUUACAAACCGAAAAAAGCUAUGGGGCUUUGCAUCAGACACAGCAAAAGAUUUACCGAGCCCAAAGAAAAUGACACAAAGUGAAGAAAUGCCACAGCUGAAUUUCGGGAUGGCAGAUCCGACACAAAUGGGAGGUUUAAGUAUGCUGCUCCUAGCAGGGGAACAUGCCCUCAGUGCACAGCAGGUUUCCUCAAGUACCUGUCAGUCUGAUGCAACUCAUUCUACAGAAACCUGCCAGAAGUCGUCACUGUUUCAGUUUGCAGAGAUCUCUUCAAGCACAUCACAGCCUGGAGUCCCAGGAGCUGUAAAACAAACAGAGGAGUCUGCAUUGUUUCAGUUUGCCGAGAUCUCCUCACAUACUUCCCAGUUGUCGAGUCCUGAGCCAGUAAAGCACUGUGGGAAGUCGGCACUCUUCCAGUUGGCAGAGAUUUCUUCAAGUACAUCCCAUUCGGGUGCUUCUGACUUAACAAAACCGUGUGGGACAUCAGCCUUGUUUCAGCUGGCAGAGAUGUGUCUUGCUUCGGAAGGAGUAAAAGUGAAAGAACCUGGGAAAACAAAAGUGGAAGCACUGGAAGGUGUGGGAGGGGAAGUUCCAGAGGAUAUGGAAGUAGAAGAACUGGAGAAAACAAUAAUAAAAGACUCCUGUAAAGGAAAAGUAGAACAGUCAGACAAAAUGCAAAACCAGGAUGAGACAAAAGCUGAGGAAUCAGAAACUGCAAAAUACAGAGAUUUUACUAGUCUUGCAAUGGAGAACAGCCCUUUAGACAGAAAUGAUAACACAAAGGAUCACAUGUGCUGUUCUCCAGAGCUUUCACUGGCUGACAUGAGUAUCCUUGGGCUAAAGCCAGAAAAGAUAAAGAAGAAAAAGAAAAAAAAUAAGUUGGACCGGCACACAAACGAGAAGUCCACCCCCAAGAAACCCUGUAAAAAGAGGCAGUCCUCCGAGUCGGACAUUGAAAGUGUAAUGUAUACGAUUGAAGCUGUUGCAAAGGGCGACUGGGGUGCUGAGAGACUGGGGGAAACGCCCCGCAAAAAACCCCGCCCCGUCUCAAAUGUGAAGGGAAGCAUGUUGGAUACAAAAUCACCAAAGAAAAAAGUGAAAUCGAAAGAGAAAAAAACAUCAAAGGAGAAACCCACGGAGACCACCAAAGAAUCAAAGCCUCCCGAUUUCCUUAGUAUUGCAGCCAGCAAGGAAGUACCGUGUGAGGCUUCUGAUAACAUUAAAGUGGAACCACUGACCCCAACAGAGGAGGUGGUGCCCCAGAGCUUACCAGGACAGGUCAAAACUGAGGACAGUGACUGUGUUAAAAAGAUAGAAACCUGUGGCUCCAGGAAAUCGGAGAGAUCUUGCAAAGGUGCUCUUUAUAAAACUCUGGUGUCAGAGGGCAUGCUCACAUCUCUGCGGGCUAACGUGGACAGAGGAAAAAGAAGCUCAGGAAAAGGCAACUCCUCAGAUCAUGAAGGAUGCUGGAAUGAAGAAAACUGGGCUUUUUCCCAAAGUGGGACAAGCGGGAACAAGAAACUGAAAAAGCCUAAGCCAAAGGAAGAGUUUGUUUUUGGCUUAGCAAAGUUGGAAGAAGAAUUUGAAAAGAAAUUCAACAGCCUCCCUCAAUACAGUCCUAUUACCUUUGACAGGAAAAAUUCAGCUGUCCCAAGGAAAAAGAGAAAGGUUGGAAGCGGCUCAUCUGAACAACCGAAAUCCAACAAAG